GGAGCCCGGAGGGCUGGCAGGGUGUUGUGCACCAUGGGUUUCAGCUCGUCGGACAGAGUGCCCAGCUUGUUUGUCGGGACUCAAGUAUUGAUACCAUCUGUGGUUCCUUCUACAGCUUCAAAUCGGUCGUGUACGUGAGAUCAAUUGGGAGAUCCGAGCCCGUGCGGUUCGACGGGACGCAUUGAGAGAUCGAUGAAUUGGAAGGAGUAAGCAAGCUGGUGGAGCAGAAGUGCUCGCAGGAGCAGAUUCGAGCUCGGGUUGUGCGGAGAAUUGUUCAGAAGGGACGUCGACCUGCGCAGAUUGCCGGGGUGGGGAGGAAGCAUGGAGCCUGCGGAUAUAUUUCGGCCAAUUCUGCGCGGGUGGAGCUUGCCGCUGCUCAUCUUUGCCGUGGGCUACGUGCUCAUGGGCAUGCCCCGCAUGGACAAUCAGGUUAGAGAGGGAUGCAGUCUCCUGAACCAUGAUCACUUCGUCGUCUACAGCAGGCGCGUUGUUACACCAAACGGAGUUUAUCCCGCCUCAGUUGAGGUCAAUGAAGGACGAAUUGUAUCUGUAAUUAGAAGACGUGAAGCACCGAAGAAGGGAGAAGGAGAAGUACACGUGCUCAAUUAUGAAAACGCCGUUAUCAUGCCUGGUUUGGUUGAUGUCCAUGUACAUCUUGAUGAGCCAGGCAGGGCAGAGUGGGAAGGAUUCAAAACGGGUACGAGGGCGGCAGCUGCCGGAGGGAUAACAACUCUUGUUGAUAUGCCGUUGAAUAAUUUUCCGUCGACAACGACUAAGGAAUAUUUUAAGAUGAAGAAAGACGCAGCUAAGGGAAAUAUUUCUGUUGACGUCGGUUUCUGGGGAGGUCUCGUGCCAGAGAAUGCCGCAAACUUGACAAUCCUGGAUGAGCUUCUUAGCUCUGGUGCCUUAGGUCUGAAGUCUUUCAUGUGUCCUUCAGGUAUCAAUGACUUUCCAAUGACCACAGCAAGUCACAUCCAGGAUGCACUACCAGUACUGGCAAAAUAUGGUCGUCCGAUUUUGGUGCAUGCAGAAGUUGAACAGCCUCUCGAGGAUAUCCCUCUCCUUGCAAAUGGAGUGGAAGGUUUGAGUCAAGAUUCCCGAAGACUUUACUCUACUUACCUUAGCACAAGACCUCCCACAUGGGAGCAAGAGGCAGUAAGGCAACUUCUGGAGGUUGCAAAAGAUACGAAGACUGGAGGUCGAGCUGAAGGGGCUCAUGUGCACGUCGUACACCUCUCUGAUGCUGGGGACACACUUCAGUUCAUCAAGAAAGCGAAGGAAGAAGGUCUCCAUGUUUCUGUCGAGACUUGCCCACACUAUCUAGCCUUUGCCUCGGAGGAGAUAGGGGAAGGAGAUACUCGCUUUAAGUGUGCUCCACCUGUACGAAAUGCAGUGAACCGUGAAAAACUAUGGGAAGCUCUGAAGGACGGAUCAAUUGACAUGCUGAGCUCAGAUCAUUCACCAGCUCCCCCAGAAAUGAAAGAGUUUGAGUCAGGGGAUUUCCUGAAGGCAUGGGGAGGAAUAUCUUCCCUUCAGUUUAUGCUACCCGUGACGUGGACAGCCGGCAGAUCUCACGGUGUCACUCUGGAGCAAAUGUCUCGGUGGUGGAGUAGUAAUCCUGCCAAAUUGGCCAACUUGGAUAGAAAGGGUUCCAUUCAAUUCGGUAAGGAUGCAGACUUGGUGAUUUGGGAUCCAGAGGAAUCAUAUGUCAUCGAUGAGAAUCAUACCAUCUAUCAUAGGCAUAAGGCAACACCUUAUGCUGGAUGGACAUUAUCUGGGAGAGUAAUCACAACCUUCGUUCGAGGACAACAGGUUUUCCGGGAAGGGGAGUUUUCGGAAAAGCGAUGUGGAAUGCGACUCUUUGCUCUGUAGAUGUAGAUACAGUUGUACAGAAUUGUAUAAAGUUCUGAAGCUCUCGAACAUCUCCGCGAUGAAACUUCAAGAAGAUCGGGUUGUUUUUGGGAUGUAUAUUCCAAGUCAUGUACAUGUAUUACUCUCUCAGCAACGAAGCGGACGAUCUUCCAUGAAUCUGAAUGUUGUUAAUUCCUCC